CAUCCAGGACAGGAGAAGUGGGACUGUGCAGAGUCCAUCCAGGACAGGAGAAGUGGGACUGUGCAGAGUCCAUACAGGGCAGGAGAAGUGGGACUGUGCAGAGUCCAUACAGGACAGGAGAAGUGGGACUGUGCAGAGUCCAUACAUACAGAAUAGGGACAGAUACUGAAGAAUGACACCCGGCAUACAGGACAGGACAAGUGGGACUGUGCAGAGUCCAUACAGGACAGGACAAGUGGGACUGUGCAGAGUCCAUACAGGACAGGAGAAAUGGGACUGUGCGGAAUCCAUACAGAACAGGAGAAGUGGGACUGUGCAGAGCCCAUAUAUACAGAAUAGGAAACAGAUACCGAGAAUGACACCCGACAUACAG